AUGACCGGCGGUCUCCCUCCAGUAGUGCUUCUUCUUCCCGUGUCGUUGCUGCUUGCAUUGGCAUGGCGAGCCGCCGCCGGAACUGCCGCCGGAGACCGCAUCGGGCGGCUGCCGGGGCAGCCGGCCGUGGACUUCCCGAUGUACUCGGGGUACGUGGCGGUGGACGAGGGCCCCGGCGGGCGGGCGCUGUUCUACUGGCUCCAGGAGGUGCCGCCGGAGGCGCAGCCGGCGCCGCUGCUGCUGUGGCUGGACGGCGGGCCCGGGUGCUCGGCGGUGGGGUACGGCGCGUCCCAGGAGCUCGGCGCGUUCCGCAUCCGGCCUGACGGCGCGACGCUAUUCCUCAACGACAACCGGUGGAACACUGGUGCGCACCGUUGUUGCCGUCCGUACGUAGCUUGUUAA